CCGAGCUCCGCGGCCCGGGCUCUGCGCUCGGCGGCUCCGCUCCGCAGCAGCAGGGCCGGGGCUGGGGCUUGGAUCCGGGGCUGGGGCUGGGUGGGGGGGGGGAAUGAUCCCGGUGCCCCGCCCCGCACCACCCCGCACCGCCCCGGCAGCGGGAUGUGAGCGGAGGCUCUGCCGGUAGCUCCGUGCUGCUCCGCGUCCCCGGGAAGAUGCUGAGCAGGUGGAUGAGCGGCAGCAGCAGGAACCUGGACCGCGAGUACAACUGCACUGUGCGGCUGCUAGACGACAGCGAGUACACCUGCACCAUUCAGAGAGAUGCCAAGGGCCAGUACCUGUUUGACCUUCUCUGCCACCACCUGAACCUGCUGGAGAAAGAUUACUUUGGCAUUCGGUUUGUGGACCCCGACAAGCAAAGGCACUGGCUGGAGUUCACCAAGUCGGUGGUGAAGCAGAUGAGGGCCCAGCCUCCCUUCACCAUGUGCUUCCGUGUGAAGUUCUACCCCACCGACCCUGCUGCGCUGAAGGAAGAGAUCACCAGGUACUUGGUCUUUCUGCAGAUCAAACGGGAUCUCUACCACGGCCGCCUCCUCUGCAAGACGUCGGAUGCCGCUCUGCUGGCUGCCUACAUCCUCCAAGCUGAAAUUGGUGACUAUGACCCGGGGAAGCACCCAGAAGGCUACAGCUCCAAGUUCCAGUUCUUCCCCAAGCACUCGGAGAAGCUGGAGAGGAAAAUCGCAGAGAUCCACAAGUCAGAGCUGAGUGGACAGACUCCAGCUACUUCAGAGCUGAACUUCCUCAGGAAAGCCCAGACUCUGGAGACCUACGGGGUUGACCCACACCCUUGCAAGGACGUGUCAGGGAACGCAGCGUUCCUGGCCUUCACCCCCUUUGGCUUUGUGGUUCUGCAGGGGAACAAGAGAGUCCACUUCAUCAAAUGGAACGAGGUGACCAAGAUGAAGUUCGAGGGGAAGACUUUCUAUCUGUACGUCAGUCAAAAAGAGGAGAAGAAAAUUGUCCUGACCUAUUUUGCCCCGACACCAGAAGCCUGCAAGCACCUCUGGAAGUGUGGGAUAGAGAACCAGGCUUUCUACAAGUUGGAGAAGUCAAGCCAGGUCCGGACGGUGUCCAGCAGCAAUUUGUUCUUCAAGGGCAGCCGGUUCCGAUACAGUGGCCGUGUUGCCAAGGAAGUGAUGGAGUCCAGUGCCAAGAUCAAGAGGGAACCCCCUGAGAUUCACCGGGCAGGGCUGGUGCCGAGCAGGAGCUGCCCCUCCAUCACGCACGGCCCGCGGCUGAGCAGCGUGCCCCGCACCCGCAGGAGAGCCGUGCACAUCUCCAUCAUGGAAGGCCUGGAGUCCCUCCGCGACAGCGCCCACUCCACGCCGGUGCGCUCAGCCUCCCACGGCGAUGCCUUCGUGGCCCCCGGGCGCGGCGGGCGCGUCGAGAGCAGCGAGCGUGUGGCCGUCAUCGCGGACGAGAACUACAGCCCGGCGGACAGCGUGCUGCCCACGCCGGUGGCCGAGCACAGCCUGGAGCUGAUGCUGCUCUCACGGCAGGCCAACGGGGCGCCGUGCAGCAUCGAGGAGGAGAAGGAGUCAGAAGCCGGCACGCCGGCGGCGGCCGAAGCGGAGGAGGUGGGCGGCGAGCUGCGGGCCCUGUGUCCCGGCGCCGGAAGCCUGGCGCAGGCGGAACAGGUGAAUAAGUUUGUUUUAAGUGUCCUCCGUUUGCUCCUUGUGACAGUUGGACUCCUCUUUGUUUUGCUCCUCCUCCUCAUCGUCCUUACCGAGUCCGACCUUGACACUGCCUUUUUCCGCGAUAUCCGCCAGACCCCCGAGUUCGAGCAGUUCCAUUACCAAUACUUUUGUCCCCUCAGGCGAUGGUUUGCCUGCAAAGUCCGCGCCGUGGUAAAUCUGCUCAUUGACACCUGAAGGCAGGAGCCGCCACCUAACUCACGGCGGGGGCCCCGGGGACAGGACCUGCAGCCGCCCCCGCAGCGCCACCUUUGGCACACACACCCUCAAACCCUCCCUUCCCGACCCAGAACGCGGCCCAGGAGGUGGCUUCUUCCCGGGAGGAAGAGGAGGGUGUGGGUGCAGCCUCCUCCUCCCCGCGCUCAGCCCCCCGGAGCCCGCAGGACUCCCGUGGCCCGUUCGGAUCCCCACCGCCGCCCACACGCCUCCGGCAGCACCGAGCGCACGGCGCAGUUUGGUUCUCCCGGGAGCUCACGACGGCGCUCUGCCACGCAGGAGCUUUAGCAAUGGUGCUACUGAGGAUUAAUUCCAACACUCGUGGACUCUUCUCCUUCUGAAAUCCACCACUGGAUGAGGCCCUGAGCAACCUGAUCUAGUGGGAGAUGUCCCGCCCCGGGGCAAGGGGUUGGAACUAGAUGAUCUUUACGGUCCCUUCCAGCCCAAACCAUUCUACGAUUCACUGUGCACUCCACCACCACCACCUCCUCCCACCUCCCGCUUGGCAGAAGCCCUCUUGGAACCUCCAGCCAACCAGGAGGGGACACUCUGGGUCCGUCCUGCUCCCAACCAGCUCCCCAUGGCACGGCCUCACCUAGCACACGGAGGCCUCCUUGCCCCACGCUGCAGAUUCGGCUUUUUCCUCAUUCUCUUCCUUAAGCCUUGAAGCGUGGCUGAUGCUCCCCAGGGCGGGGAGAGCACGGGCAGGGGGAAGCAUGCUGGGCACCCUCGGCCAAGCCGGGGCAUGCAGCCGGUCGUGACCGUGUGGGAUUCCCUGAGGAAGAACCUUUAGCCUCCAGGAGAUGUACCUGUUUUGUACAAAAAGAGAAAAAAAAAAAAA